AUGGGAAUAACUUACUGUAUUUAAAACAUGGCGUAAUUUCAUGCUUUGCAAUAGGAAUAUAUGAUGUAUAGCUCCCUUUCAAAGGAGCGUGGGGGUGAACAGACAUUUUUAGACUCCACUGUGUAAUCCCCUAUUCAGUACAGAAUUGAACUCAGGACUUACCAUUUUAACUAUUACACCAUGCGGGUUUCUAGGUAUAUCUCCUAAUCAGUUACAGGUAUAUACAAAACAGUUCAUAUAUAAGAACUGGUGGAACCAGAAAACAGACAAAGUAAUAGAAAAUGAAGGUAAAGUGCUCUGUGGCUUCAAACAGACAAGCACACACAACACCUCAGACUUAACUGUUCAAGGCAAAAAAAGUGACUAGUGGGUGUGGCACUACCUGGAGACAGCAGAAGAGAAGGAACUGGAGAAAAUCACAAAAUAACAAAGCCCUGCAAAUAGAAAUUGAACGACUGUCUAGUUGACAUCCUUUGUUUCUUGAGAGUUGAGCCAAGAAGAGAGGCACUUCUUUGUGGACAGUGUUUAAAUUGCAACAGAUUACCAACCAUGAAAGCAACCUGCCCCUUCCAGCUUUGCUUGCUCCAGGUUUGGUUAGUCAUGACAUCAGAUGUCUGUGACAUCAGAAAGAGAUCCCAGGGGAGUCACUUGUCAGCUAAGCUGAAAUGGCCAAAAUAGUUUUGUACAUCAGUUUGCAGUCUGCUGGACCAGUGCCUUGUGAUCCUGGGAUGAGUCUUCAGAAUGGGGAUUUGCCAGGGCAGCCUUCCAAAAUCCACUAAGCCCUUGAAGCAUGAACUAAAAGAAAAGUUGAAAGACUCUAUCAUCAUCUUUAUGUUGGGAGGUCCUGGCUCUGGUAAAGAUGUGCAGAGUAUCCGGCUAGCUAGCAAAUACGAUUUCUCCCAUGUGGCUAUUGGAGAGCUGCUGCGGGAAGAAGCCACCAGAAAUACUAGCAAAGGGAAAGCCAUUAGGGAGAUCCUGCUGAAAGGGGCUCUGGUGCCCUCGGGCUACAUCUUGGAACUGCUGACUGACAAGAUGUUAAAAGCUGAAAAUUUUAAAGGAUUCUUUAUUGAAGGCUUCCCCCGAGAAAUCAAUCAAGCCAGGCUGUUUGAGGAAGUUGUGGGACGUUUGCCCAACAUUGUUAUAGUGUUUGACUGUUCUACAGAGACUAUGAUCCAGCGGCUGAUGAUCAGAAGCCAGCUGGGCCAAAGAGUGAAUGACCAUGAGAGAAUUAUCCGGCAGCGGCUUGAAACUUACUAUACACUGUGUGACCCUGUCCUCACCUACUACCUGCAGAAAAGCAUACUCCGGAAUAUCCUUGGGGAGGAACCCCCAGAAGUAGUCUUUGCCAAGUGCUGCAGUGUUGUUGAUGAUGUGAUAAAAGCAGCUACCUCUGUGGUAUAGCUAUUUAGUUCUACAGAAAAAUAAAAAAAAAAUUAACCUCUGGUCUAUUA